AUGGCUGUACUUCUGGUCGCAGCAGGUGAGAUCAUGCAUAUGGGAGUCAGACUUGAAGAGCAGAUAUGCUUGUUUAUUUAUUUUUGAAAACUAUAUACAGCCUUACUUCCAAAAGGAAUUCAAGAUAGGCAAUACAUGCUUCUCGGCUUGUGCAUUCAGAGAGGGCAGGUGAACUGGAAGGGGGAGCAAAGAGGAGACUGGCUGUACCUUAAUGGUAGAGCAUUGGGUUUGCAAUCAAAAGGUCCAAAGUUCAAUCCCCGGCAUCUUCAAGUAGUGUUGGGAGAGAACCUGGUUGGAAAUCUUGGAGAAUGGCUGUCAGUUAGUGUAGAGAUGGUACUGAGCUAGAUGGACCAAUGGGAAUGACCCAUAGCUCAACACCAGAACGUCUCCUUUGCAUGCAGAAGGUCCCAGAUUCAUUCCCAAGCAUAAGGCAGCUUCCUGUGUUCUUAAGCAACGGGGCCGAGGGGCCUCUAAAGAUGGGCAAUGCCUGCUCUCUUCCUGGCGAGUUGCUCUUAGCAAGUGCCCAACAAUGCCAAGCCACUGGUGCCGACCUGGACCAAUGAGUACCAUUUUUUAUCAGUAUCGCUGGUGGCUGGUGCCCUUUGGGACUGGUGGGACAGAAGGCAGCAAGACCAACAGCGGGUGGUGCCAGAGCCAAUGACAAACAGAGCCAACUAAUUCUAGUUUUGACUCCAUCCUCCCCUGGCUGAAUUAUACAGGGCAACACUGAAACGCAGGGGGCGAGGGAGGCAAGCCAGGCAGUGCUAGCCCCUGGAUCUGGCGCAAAUAAGAAGACAGGCAGGCAGGGCUGGCUGAGGUUGGUGGAGCAGUGUUGUGUUUGCCCUCAUCCGUAUUCUCCGCUCAGCUGGGAGGGUGGGUGGGUGUGUAGAUGUGACCAUGCCUUGCUGCAGCAGAGCUAGAAGAACAUUAUUUGCUUUCCUCCGUUCCCAACCCUUUGCUGUGAUAUCCCUGUCCAUUUUUUAUUAUUAUUAUAGUGGCUGCACAGAAUGGACCAGGAUUGCUCAGGGGUUUCCACUGCAACAAAAACUCUCAGCCCUGGACAGCAGCACUGUUUGAUGGCUGGAAGUUCCACUGCACAGGGACUCUGAUUAACAGCCAGUGGCUGGUCACCGCUGCUCAGUGCUUCACAAAUCGGUAUGUGUGACUGGGAGGCAGGGGCUGCAUUUGUUGCGAAGGACAAGCUGGAGGCCUGUUAUUGUGGAACUAUGGCUCUGUCUGUGCUAUACAGUCAAAGCUGCAUCUUACCACUUUGCACCAUCAUAGCCAGGGCUGAACCAGGAUGUUUCGCUGCCUGAAGCAAAACAGAAAACAGCCUCCUCCUCCACCACCACCACCGCCAUGUUCCCCUGCCACUGCCACUAAUGACAAUGACUCCUCCACUCUGCCGCCACUGCCUCUGCCACCUGAGGUGGCCCAAGGAAGCCCCAGUAUGCUGAAGGUGGCAAGGGAGAAAAAAGAGGGCCGAAAAGAAGGCCAGUUGCGGGAUGGGCAGUGGUAGAAGAAGAGGCAGGGAUGGAUGAGUCGUCACUAGUGGUGGAGAAUGAGGAAGAGUCAGUGGCAGCAGGUGACAAGCACAGGAGGCAGUGAGCACCAUCGUCCUUGUGGGCCCGGAUCUGCCAUCCUUCUCAACUGUCCCGAGCCUGCUGCCUGAGGCAGCUGCCUCACUGAGCAUCAUGGGGUGGACAGCCCUGGUCAUAGCUCCCUCCAAAGAAACUGGGGAACUGUUCACCCACUCUGAGAAUUGCAGCUCUCUCGGGGGAAUAGGGGCCUCCUACGCGGGUGGCACUGUGGGUUAAACCACAGAGCCUAGGACUUGCCGAUCAGAAAGUCGGCGGUUCGAAUCCCUGCAACAGGGUGAGCUCCCAUUGCCCAGUCCCUGCUCCUGCCCACCUAGCAGUUCGAAAGCACAUCAAAGUGCAAGUAGAUAAAUAGGUACCACUCCGGCGGGAAGGUAAACGGCGUUUCUAUGCUCUGCUCUGGUUCGCCAGAAGCAGCUUAGUCAUGCUGGCCACAUGACCCAGAAGCUGUAUGCCGGCUCCCUCGGCCAAUAAAGCAAGAUGAGCGCCGCAACCCCAGAGUCGGCCACAACUAGCCCUAAUGGUCAGGGGUCCCUUUACCUUUACCAGCUCUCAGCACCAUCAAGGAACGAGGCUUCCCAGGAUUCUUUUGGGGGAAGCAAUGGCUGUUUCAGGCUGUAUCACUGAGCUUCCAUUGUAUAGUGCAGAUGGGGCCGUCAGUAAAGAAGGGGAGCUUGGCAGGUCCUGGUCUUGAGAAUUAAGGAGAGCCCGAGAAAUUCUGCUAUUCAGAGAUUCAGAACUGCCCUAACUGAGAGAGGGAAGGGUAGAUAUUGAGGGGGAGAGGACCUCAGUUAUGGGGGCCAAAUGCAGCUCUUCAGACCUCUCUGCCCAGCUCUUGAGCAUCUCCCUAGGCCACACCCCCUCUGCCAAGGACACACCCCUCACCAGCCCUGCUCCACACCCUCCUUGCAUGCCUUUGCCUGGCUGGAAUGUGUCCCUGAACUGUGAUGUUGCCUCUUGCUUGUCUGGAUGCAGGAUGGGGAGAGGAGUGCAUCUAGCUUUUGUGUGGCUGGAAUGCAGCCAAGUCUACAAAGGUUAGAUCCAGGGCUUUUUACCCAGCCAAAGUUGUUGAGCUUUUUUGAGAAGAGCUCUCACCCUGGAGAGUAAAUGACACUCUUGGGGAUCCCCAUGUGUGCCUUUCAGAGGUGAGGUGUCUUCAGUGGGUUUGCAUUGGUGGCUGCUCUUGAUAGAACCUUGUUUCCCCCUGAAUACCCCAGGCAUUGAGCCAGUCUUGGGAUGCCCAGUAAAGAGUCACACCGUUGGCCCACCUAGUUCACUAUUGUCUACACCGACUGGCAGCAGCUCUCCAGGGUUCCAGCAGCAAAUUUAUCCCAUCCCUACCUGGAGAUGCUGUGGAUUGAACCUGGUACCAUCUGCAUGCGAAGCCAGUGCUCUUCCAUUGAGCUCUGGCCCUCCCCUUGUGCAUCACUAUGCUACAAAAAGGCUUCUCCUGCUCAAUGCCUUUAUGUCAGGCUGCUGUUCAAAGGUGUGCAGGAGCAGGAUGGGGAGCAAUUUUGGCCACCCUGCUUCAGAAUGCCCUUUGAAGUGCCAUGAAGCCCUUUGGGGAAAAUUUUUAUUGGCGUGCCAAGAAGUUGUUUGCCUUGACUUGUCAUUAAUCACAAACAACUUGGGAGAUUCCAGUUCACUGUCCUCUGGCUCAACUUAGCUCUUACACAAUUUUCCAAUGGCAAACAGCCACGUUCUUCCCAUGUCAGCUUUCCCCCAAAGUUGUGCUCUCCAGAUGUUCCUGGAGUACAACUCCCACCAACCCCUGACCACUGGCCAUGCUGAUUGGGGCUAUGGAUGUAAAAAGGCAUAGUUGUUCAUUCUUCCCUAUAUUAGUCCUGUUUCUGUUUAAGGCAGUUUGUCUGUUAUUCAGCUUGCUGUCCAUGGUAGCAAAACUACGUAACUUGUGUAAUUUAUUACGUAAAUUGCAUUGCCAUUGUAUUAUGCACCAAUGAGGUGCAAUGCAAAUGGGAAGUGGGGUGUUUGUAAUCAAUUAAAUAAUUGUUUGUAGGCUCAAAGCAACAGCAAAAAUGAAUAUUGGCAAUUUCCCCUCCCAUUUCCGUUUUCAUCAGAAUCCUCUGACAUCCCUAUCUGGGGUUGAUGGAAGUUGUAGCCCAACAACAUAUGGAGGGCACCAGCUUGGAGAAGGCUGCCAAAGGUGAAAUCCAGAGUGGCCACUUCGAUGACCUUAGAAGGGGAUCAGACCAAUUCAUGGCGUGUUUAGAGGCAGACUUUAAUCCUGGGGAAAGGAAUAGAUAUAUCUGAACCAAAUGUAGCGAGGGCAGCCUUGUGCUCUAAAACAAGGAUGGGGAGUAAUUUUCAGCCUGAGCGCCACAUUCCUUUCUGGGCAAUCAUCCGAGGGCCACAUGUCAGUGGUGGGUGAGAGCCAGGAGCAGCACAGUCAUUCAGUGGGGUGAGGCUGCCACCACCUCCACCAGCAGUGGAGAAGUGCUGGAAUCAGCACUGAUUUUAGAAGAGAUCGUGGCAAUCUCUGGUGAGAUCUUGGCCGAAAUCGCCCAAUAUAUUGUGGGGUGUGCAAGGUCUCUCGUGUGAUUUUGUCCGAGAUCUCUCCCUGAAAUCCCUGGAAUCUCGCCCAAAAUUGGCACCGGUGCCUGUGAUGCUUCUCUGCUAAUGGUGGAGGUGGCAGAAUGUACAGUGAAGGUGGAAGCAGGAGCAGGCAUGGUACUUUGGUGGUGGCGGCAGCAGUGGCAGCAGCAGGACAGGACUUCCUGUUUCGCCUCAAGCAGUGCAGGGGUAUUUGCGGGACCUGGUGAGACAAGAGGCAAAAGUGGUUAGAGAAACUGAGUUUUUAUAUAUACUGACACUGAAGACAAACUGUGCUUCAUCCAGGCAAGCCAAAAGCAUUAUCAGCAUUCAGGACACAUUCUAGCCAUGCCAAAGCACUCAAGAGGGUACAAAGCAGGGCUGGUGAGGGGGAGUGGCCUGGGAAGAUGGGCGUGGCUGGAGAGAGGGUGUGGUCUAGGGAGACUCCCAAGGGCCGGAGAGAGAGACCUGGAGGGCCACAUACCUGCUCCAAUGCCUUUGGGUGCCUCUUUGUCCUUUACACCUGCUCCUUGUACCACAGUUUCUUCUAUGUGGCUCUUGGAGAAAACAGCCUGCUGAGCUUUGAAGGGACAGAACAGCUGAAGAUCGGAAUCAAGGCAAUCCGCCACCCCUUUUACAACAGCUUCAACAAGGAUAACGACAUCAUGUUGGUCAAACUCCUGACCCCCAUCAGGUUGACUGACAGCGUCCGGCCACUUGCCUUGCCCAGCAGCUGUGUUGAUCCUGGCAGCUACUGUGUCGUCGCUGGAUGGGGCACCCCCAUUCUGCAGAAAGGUAGUGGGGGUGGGGGUGGGGAGCUGGAAGGAACCUAGGAUGUGAACAGGGAUGGGGGAGAACUCUGACUCAAUUUGCUUUUAAGGGCGGACCUACCUGAUUCAGAUUUUCUGAAACAGCACACAAACCAAAACGUGGCCGUCUUUCGCAAUUCUCUGAAUUUUGCAAUACAGUUCUUCAGCCAAGUAAAUGGGUGCAAAAAUGUGUAUAUUAGGAGAAAGUCUGCAUGAAAAUGCAGAUAUUAGGGGAAAUAGCACACAAAAAUGCAUUGCAUAAUGGGAGUUUAUUUUGUAAAAAUGUGUACAUUCGGCAAAAUUGCAUACAAAAUGUGCUCAUUAGGAAAAAAUGUGUACUAAAAUUGUGGUGGGGUUGAAUCCCCAUUGCUGAUGAAGUGGGAGAAGCCUCUAUCACUGCACUUUCUUAUCUUCCAAGUUCCACUGAUCACCAUUUUCCUGAUGCACUAUGUGGCAGAAUUAACAUCCUUCUUAUUCAUUUUUUAUUUGAAAACUUAAGAAGGAACAGAAAAAGAGAAAAAGUCAAAUAAAAUUAAAGAAGAAAGAGAUGAUGAUGAUGAUGAUGACGACGACGACAAUUAAUAUACAAAUAAUACUAGACCAUGAUCAGUUCACAUUGUGGACACAGUGAGCAUCAGUAUAGGUAUCUUAAAUUAAACAUAUAAUUUAAUAUAAGCCAUCCAGAUGUCCUGAUAGGUAGCCACACAUCACUGAUGCCCAGGGCUUUUUUUCAGAGGGAACUUGCCGAAACUCGGUUUUGGCACCUCUCGGGUGGGUUCCGGAACCUCUCAAGUGAGUUCUGGCACCUCGCAGGUGUGUGUCAUUGCGAUUAUAAGAAAAAGAGGGAGGCGUUCAUGGUGAGUUCCUCUAGAAAAGUUUCUAGAAAAAUAGCACUGCUGAUGCCUGUAUGCAAUAUGGUCACAUGCAGCCAGGACAGUGAGGGUGCUCAGACCGUUGUGCAAUAGACAGUGGGUAUGUAUUAUUCCAGGUUUCAAAUAUAAGUUUAUUAGUCAUCAUAAGGGCUCACGAAAACCCCACUUGUUUUACUACUAUUAAUCCCCAUACUACAGGGAUACAGUUUGAAAGUACAUGAACACCCGCAAAUUUCAAGGAUUUUGCCAAUACUAAAUUGAUGUGACUAACAACUUCAGACCAAAAGGAAAAUAUAUCACUGUACAAACCCACUCCAUAUGCAUCAAAUAGACAUUCCCAGCUUUACACCUCCUACAUUAAACAGUGCCCUCUUAUACUUGAAAUAUUCAUACUUGCCGCAUCAAUCUCAAAUUUCAGGUCCAAGGAAAUAUUUCGUACAGAUCCUAUAGCGAUUUCCCAUUGUUUAGACUGUAUAAUGUCUUAUAAUUCCCUGUUCCUCACUUCUGUAAGUUCCUCAACUUCUACUUUGCCAAAAUCCAUUAAGCAUCUAUAAACAGCAGUUAUAGGUUAGGUUUUCUGUAAGGAUUAAUGUCCUAACACUCCCUAGCUGGCUGAGAAAGAGGGUGCAGGAAUCUGACAUUGGCCCCAGAGCAGAAGGUCAUGAAAAUGGGCAGUAGUGACAGUGACUGAAGGCAUUUAGCUUGAGGUCUACAGAUGUCAGAGGAUUCAAAUGGAAAUGGAAAUGGAAAUGGGAGCAGAAAUAGCCAAUGUUUGCUGAGUCAUCCCACAUACAGCCCAAAACUCAAUCCAGCAAAUACAAUCGGUAUUUGCUGCUGUAGUUGUUUUCAGUCCACAAAUGACACACAGUUGAUUACUUCCCCCUCACAUUUGCAUUGUGUUUCCUUUGCAUUGAAAUGAAUGGUGUGGAAUACCGUGAUAAAUACAGGAUUAAUUAUGGAUUGUCUCCAAUGCUAGUCCUGCUCAGAGGAGAUCCACUGAAUUUAAGGGAUAUAAUGAAGGACCAUUGAUUUCAAGGGGUCUACUCUGAGUGAAACUUAGUUGGAUUCGCACCUGUGUAGUUUAUUCCAUGAAAUUCUGCUGCAGUGAAUACUGAGACGAAUAACAUUUUUGUUGUUGUUGAAAGCUGCAUUGCAGUGGAAUGGAAACAGCACUGCAUGCGACUAGGCAUGGGUUUGGGGUGGAAAACGAUGCCUUCUUACACCUAGGAACCCGCCACAAACUCUGUGUGAAUCAGCCCCAUGAGAAAAGGCGAAAGUGUGUUGGCAGUGGUGGGGAAUCCAGCAAAUAAUUAGAGAGUGAGAUUUUCUUGCAGCAUGUUAAAUAUCUACUUCGUCCAUUCCUCUCUCACUUACCCCUGCUCAUCCCCACUAGAGUACCCACCAGACAUCCUCUACUGCGGAAAUAUCACCACCUUGACUGACCAGGAAUGUUUGGCUGCCUAUCCUGCUAUCCCCUUGGGGCACAUGCUAUGUGCUACUGUCAAGAUGGGUGGAUCAGAUUCCUGCCAGGUGAGCAUGGCCAUUCCUACCACCCUCUCCCAGCCAUAAAACACCACUGCCAUCCUAAUGUUUGUGUCUCCUGAUUUAUUCCUAGAGUCUUUGAUACUUACUUGCACAUGGCUGACGACAGGAAGCAUGGAGCCUAGGGCUGUUUACACAAAAAUACUUUUAAAACACAUGGCUUCCGCCAAAGAAUCCUGGAAACUGUAGUUUCCCCUCAAAAACCAACCGUUUCCAACAAUCUUAACAAACUACAGUUCCCAGGAUUUCCCAGGAACAUGGGUGAGGAGAUUAAGAUCUGGCCUCCACCCCUGAAAUUAGAGGUGAGGCCAUCCUUUAGUCGCUGCAGGUCCCAGGCUUUAUAUCCCAGUACCGGCACCAUGAAUUGAUGGAUUUUUUUACUCCAUAACAACAUUUCUUCAUUGCCUCCACAGGGAGACCCUGGCUCACCCCUCGUCUGUCGUAACACACUGCAAGGCAUCACAUCCUGGGGCUUUGAAAAAUGUUCUGAGGUAGAAAGCCCCAGCGUCUUUGUCAAGGUCUGCAACUACGCUAAUUGGCUGCGGGAGACAAUGGCUUUGGCUUAACAUCUCUGAGGAAUACAACCUAGUAUCCCUCCCGUCCUCAGGUUGCAAAAUAAAGGCUCUUGAAAUAUGUCUUGAGUAUUGUCUCUUUGCCUUUUGUGUCCUUCCAGAAGUUGGUUGUGCCAGUGGCACCCCUGCUAUAAAUUGGUGGAGGCUGGUUCAUUAGGGUGAGAGGGACACCACAUCACUGACCUCAGGUUUCCCUCAGCCAGCUACCAUCUGCUUGCCCUUUUAUUUACUUCCAGUCCAGGAGGUGGCAUUGCCUGUCCUCUUCUUCCUUCUUAUUCUCAGCAUUGCCAUUGUGGAAUUCAGCAGAGAGGAGGAUGGGGCAGUGUGUGGAGGUAACAGGAUGUCCUGGGAGGUUUGCUGUGUUCCAGGUGAAAAUAUUCAUGAUGUGAUGGAGAAGCUUUGCAGGCUUUGCAGUUUUGCAGUUAAAGUGAAUUGACGUGCUCUGUGUCUAUUGUGUAAAAAAAAUCAAUUUUUAAAAACAACAGUCUGUUCUCAGUUGGGAAAGUACACAGAAAUUGUACAGAAAGGUGUGUGUUGAAUGAAUGAUGAACAGGAAGGUGUAUAAUCAUCUUGAAAACAAAUCAGGAUGAAUGCCCAUUCUUGUAUAAUCUCCCCCACAAAGAAAUGCUGAAUAAAAGCAUAAAAUAAUCUAAGCUGUGUGCAGUGCCGGAUUUACGUAUAAGCUAAACAAUCUAUAGAUUCAGGCCCCACUUUCUUGGGCCCCCCAAAAAAAAUUUAAAGGGAAAAAACCUGGAUGUUCAUUUCCAAAAUAUAAGAUCAAAAAACAAAUAAAAUAAAACUUACAUACAGCAACAGUGUUUUGUAUUGUGUAGGCUCCUAUGAUGUAAGUAAUGGGCCCUGCCUGCUGGCCUGCUCCCUAAAAUAUCACUGGUUUGCUCGUUUCUGUAUAUAGGGUGCCUACAUUCUGCAUGGACUGGUUUCAUGGCAACAUGUGCAAAUGCUUUAAAUAUGUAUUAGGUCCAUAAAUUACCAUACAGCAUAUAUUCAACACAAAAAACAGCGACCAUUUGUUGUUGACAAAGGACACCUGGGCCUAUAAUGGGCCCCAUUACCUUCAGUAGCUUAGGGCCUCAUCAAAUGUAAAUCCAGCCCUGGCUGGAUGUAAGCUUUGUGCAAGCAAAUCAGAAUAAAUAUUCAAUAAACAGCUCUUCUGGAGGAGCCUUGGGUGGUGAGUGGCAGUAGUGCCACCUAUUGCUGGCUCUGAUCUCACCCACUGCCAAUAUGCAGCCCCUGACCCCUGACCCUUGAGGGAAUCCAGCCCUGGGCUGGAAAAAACAUACACUUCUCCACCCUUGCCCUACUGUGAAGGAAAGAUUGUUAAUGUUGCAGACGCUUGUCUGUCAUCGCUGACUUCAUUGUGGAAUCUCUGGCAAAGAAACAGCAAAGUUCCCAGGACACUGUUUAGAAAGCCAGCUUUUGAAUAACACUAGGGAUGUCGUGUUGUUUUAGUUGCCUUCCUCUUGUGCCUUUCACAGCAGCACAACCCUGAGUAAUUUAGGACAUGACUUUUUGAAUGACUUCAUUUACAAGGGGAAAGCAUCAUCUGCCAUACAGACAUCUGUCAGGCUGUUGUUGGAAACACAGGAGACGGGGUUAGGCAAAAAGAAGAGUGGCAACUUUAAAUGGCAUACAGGGACAGGAGGGAAUUUUAUUCCAUUCGCACUUAUAGGCGAACAUGCUUCAUUCACACUUUUUGAAACAAUACGUGAACCCAAACACAGCCAUCCCCUGAAAUUUGCAAUUCUCUGAAUUUUGCAAGCCAAGUUAUGUGUGCAAGAAUGCCUAUUGUAAAGUAAAGUGUGCAUAAAAAUGCCUAUAUUAGUGCAAUUAACGUACAGCAUGCAUUGUGUUAAGGGGAAAAAAAAACUUUGCAAAAAUGCAUACACUGGGCAAAAUUGCCUUAAGAUGUGUAUAUUAGGAGAGAAAAGUACCAAAAGGCUGAUGGAUUUCCCUGAGAACUUUUUUUAAAAAACGCAAAUGGAUAUGACAAUGAGAAGAAUUGAACCUAAGUGAGAAACUGUGAGUAACCAAAACUGACCUAGUCACCCAUCCUAGAGGCACAGAAUGUAACUGGAAAAAAACUUGCCUGAUGCAGAUUGCAUGGUGUGUGUGUUUUUGUUCGGAAGCUGCUUUUCGCCUCUAUACGUAUAUCAGGGGAAAAGGAUACAUCUUGUAACGUUUGCACUCAGUCAAGUGAGAGGAGGGAGCAGGUUUGGAAGCAUGAGCACAAACCAGGAGAUAUUUAAACCAGCUAAAUUUGCGGUAACAGCAGCAAGAAUAUUAUUGGAACAAAAAUGGAAGCGAGAAGAAUUGCCAACAUUAGAAGAAUGGAGGGUGAAAGUAAUGGACUACGUAGAAUUAGAUAAACUAACAGGAAGGAUCCGAGACCGGCGGGACCAGAGGUUCACUGAAGACUGGACUAAAUUUAUGGAGUAUUUGAAAAGUAUUUGUGAUGACCAGAUUACGUUUGUAGGUUUGCAAGAAGCUCUGUAAGGAAUAAUUUAAGAAAUAUUGUAAAAAUGGAAAGGGAGAGGUGAUUUGUUAGAAAAUGUAAAGGCAAUAUUAAGUUAAGAAUUGCAGGAGGAGUAAUUAAGACGGAGGAUUAUCAGAGGUGCUGAAGGAAGUCCAAACAAAGAUAUGUGUGUAAUAAUUUGUGUGGUAUGUCUUUAAAAUUUUGUAUGCUAAAAAUUAAUAAAAAUAACCCAGCUAAAUUUGAGGAUGCAAUCCAGCUUCCUGAGUCUCGGAGCAAAGGGAUGCCAAGCCAAGGUGGAAUCUUAAUGAUAGCUUUGGCACAGCGUCUGGCUUCCAUCUUUCAAAGGUGCUUUAGUAAGAAUGAGAGGAUGUUCCAGCACAGGAAGUGUGGAUUUGCUGAGUGAGCAGUUGUCGCCGGGUUGGCAUAAUUAUCGUCUUGUUGACGCAGAGGCAGCACUGGAAUUGCACACCCACCAGCAGAGCAGAGGCGUUGCUUGCUGUGUUGCAGGCAUUAUAAUUAACUCAGCUAAUGCACACUAGGGUAUUACUGAGGGGCACAGAUACUUAAUAGGAUGCUUAUCCCCAUUGGACAAUGCUCUUCAUAGUCAGCUUUCCUAGCCCGCCCCAAACAGGAAAGGUCCAGCCUCAAGAAGAGCUGCAGGUGAGGAAUGGUGUCGCAGCUCAUCACUGGCCAAUUAUUUUGCAGCUCCAUUCAUUUAACCACCUGUCGAGACUUGCCAAGAACAACAGCCCUUGCCUGGAAGAUUCCCUCUGCUCCUUGUUGCCAUACACUUGGCCUGGUAGCUGCACAUUUUCAGUGUCUCUGGUGACGUGAUUGCCUUGUCCAUUAGUUGGAGGGAUGGGGGACCUAAGGCUCAGGAGCCAAAUGUUGCCCACCAGGCUUUUCUCUUUGGCCCUCGGAACUCCCCGCCACCAGGCAACAUCCCUCGCUGGCCCUACUUCGCACCCCAAGCUUUCUGCUUGGCUCAAAUGUGUCCUUGAAGGCUCAUCAUGUCUCUUGCUUGUCUGGAUGGAGGGUGGAGAGGUAGGUGUGAGUGCAGAAGCUAGCCUGCUGUAUAAAGGUAAAAUUUGCAUUCAUUGCUCCGCCUGCUUUGCCUCUAGUCCUGCCCACCACUUGCAUGUGGCCCUCAGAAGGUUGCCCAGAAGGGAAUGUGGCCCUUGGGGAGAAAAGGGUUCCCCACCCCUAUCUUAGCAACCACAGCUCGGUUGGCAACAUAUGCAUCACCACAGAAAAGGAAAUACAUCACCAGAAAUGAAGGCACAUACGCGCUAAUUAUUUUUUUUGCAUAUGCUUAUGUAAAUGUAGCGAUGAAAAUGUAGACAGAAUUACUACAAUUUAGAUGGAAAUGCAAGACAUCUCACCGUGGUUGAGAAAACUAUGAGCAAGUGACCUGUUUGCCUGCUCCGUUUGUUUCUCAGGUCCAAACUCUUGGCAGGCAACUCCAAGGUCCUUCCUGCUCUCCCUUCUUUAGGGUUUCUUCUUCUUCUUAAAACAGGAUUAUUUCAAAACCAGUCCUGUCCUAUGAAAGCCUUUCAAAGCAGAGGACUGUAACGUAAGACACUUGGCCACCUCACACCUGCCCUGAGUCCUUUACGCCAGGUGGCUAGGUCUCUAAGCGGCCAUUUUAAAUUUCCCACAAUGCCCCUAAGGGACAUUAAGGGAAAUAUAAAAUGGCAACCUGCAGCCACCUCACUGACACAGAAGGGGGCCUGUGAGAGAGUGGUUUCCUAAGGCAGCUGUCGCAGCUGGUAGAUCACAGAGGCCUGUUGCAAUAAGAGAAUAACAUCACAUACUCCGCAACAUGUUGAGUCCCAGAACCAGGACACAAGUCUUCUCACAUAACCUGUGUGAGAACAUGGAGCCCCAAAUACAUGCUUUUGGGGGGCUGUGCCCUCAUGACACUUUUUGCUACACAGCCCCCAAAAAGUUUUUUUUUCAGGGUGAGAUCUCAUGUGAUGGCCUCAGUGCUCUUGUGGGGGGAAAAUGGGUUGUUCCAGUUUUUCCGGGACAAUUUCGAGUUAUGAUGUCAAUUUAAAGAAGCAGGAGGAACAGAGUUGCAAAACUCACCCUUCGGCCUUGAUACCCAGUGGCCAUUUUAUUUUGGCUGGCUUUUCUUGCAUGUGGCAGGUGUUUUUACACCUGGUUCAUUGUUUCACACUGUGGUUCAAACUGCAAUUUUAAAUGUUGCAAGCAGCCCCAAGUGGUGCUUUCGCAGCCGAAGGGCGGGAUUUAAAUAUUUGCAUAAAUAAAUAAGAUUAAAAGCCUACAUCCUUUUUUUUGCUGUGACACCUGAUCAAAUAGUUUCAUUUCGUUCUCCUCAUGUUCUCACACCCAGGACUACAUCACCAGCUCCCGAAUUCUCAGAUGGCUUCAUUGUUAUGCGUGAUGAGGAUCAAGGGGAAUCCAUUCUAUUAGGAAAAUGAACGUGUAAGGCAGGUGUGGGGAAUAUUUGGCCCUUCAGGUGUUGCCAAACUAAAACUCCCAUCAGCCCCAGGAAGCAUGCCCAAUGGCCAGGCAUGAUGGGAGCUGUAGCCCAGCAAAAUCUAAAGGGCCAACAGUUACCUACUCUGGUGUAAGGGAUGUGUUAUUGUACACAGAACUGUUGAAUUGAUCAGAGACAGCAACCUUGUGGCCAAGCAAUGGCCAAUGCAUGAACAUCUGGACAGAUUGUGUUUUAUUUUGUAUUUUAUUCUGUGAACCACCCUGAGAUCUCUUGAUGAAGGGUGGCAUAUAAAUUUAAUAAAUAAAAAUAAAAUAAAUUCAGUGGAUGGGCAGAAUGUGGCCCCAGAGAACAGCUGGAAGGCAGCACUAUGCAAUUCUCUUAUGGCCUCACCCUACCGUAAGAUGUGUACACAAUUUACAGAAUGGUUAGAUGUCAAUUUGGGACACAUGGGCAUCCAAGUGGAAGACACCCCCCCCCAGGAAUGUCUGUCUGUCUGUCUGUCUCCUCUACACCUCAGCCUUUAUUUAUUUAAAGACUUAGGGUUGUAGCUAAUGCUAUUCCAACUCAGCAUAGGCCCAUUGAAAUUUAUGGGCAUGACACAGUUAGCCCCAUUAAUUGCAAUGGAUCUACUCUCAGGAGAAUUCCGCUACAUACAGCCCUUUCUGAAGAUAGAUACAUAUAGAGAUAGAUAGAUGAUAGAUAGAUAGAUAAACCACGGAUAGCAAAAAUGAAAUACGUAAAUAUCUAACAAUCUAGAGGGUUGUAUUCGGCUAAGUCCAACUCAGAGUAGACCAGUUAAAAGUAACAAACCUAAGUUAGCUAUGCCCACUGACUUCAAUGGGUCUACUCUGAGUAGCACUAGUGCUGAAGACCACCCCUCCCCCCAAAAAACACACAUAUCUUAAAAGAAGGGGUAGCCAAUGUGAUGCCAUUCCAGAUAUUGUUGGACUACAGCUCCCAUCAUUCCUGCCCAUUGGCCCUGCUCCUUGAGGCUGGUGGGAGUUGUGGUUCAACAGCGUCUGGAGGGCACCCCCAUCGGCUACCCCUGCCUUAGAACCACAAACCAGAUGCAUCGCUGCUCCAAAGCAGUUGGCAUCAUCACAUAAGCGAUUUGAUUUGAGUUUCUACUGAAAUGAGGCUGCAUUUUAAUGUUGUAUUUUAAUCUUGUUUUUAAGUUGUAUUUAAUCAAUUUGUUUUUAUACCUGGUGUUAGCCGCCCUGAGCCCGGUCUUGGCUGGGGAGGGCAGGGUAUAAAUAAAAUUAUUUAUUAUUAUUAUUAUUAUUAGCCAUGUCAGAGCAAUGCAACCGCAUCAUUUCCUGGAAGUACCUGUGAGUAGGUGCGUGGGGAGAAAGGACAUGAGAGCAGCCAAGGAACACUCCCAGGUUGGCUUUCCCCUCACUGGGUAGUGAUGAAGAUGCCAGGAAUAUGAGCUUUCUUCCACCACCACAGCUGCAUCUCUUCUCCAUCCUGCCUUCACAGUGUGUGCUGUUUGUCUGGGUUCAAAUGGCGGAGGAAGGAUGUGGGAUUGCGGUGGCGGCGGUGGCGGCAACUGAGCCAGACUACAGCUCCAUAGAUUUCUGAGCGUAGGUGGAUUGCCAAUAGAGUUUGCAAGUCUAGACAUCACUUUUGGCCCGGCAUGCUUCUUUUGACAUCCCUGGUAUCACCUGUGAGCACUGAGCAGUGUAUCUUCCAGCAGUGGUGGGGAUGCUCAGUUUCUUACUCUCUCGCUCUCUGCUUGUAUGUCAUGUGCAAAAACAUCAUGAUGUUCUUACUAGGGGCUGAUGCCACUGCUCAAUCCACUCAGUAUAUCCAUCUUGUGUGCUUCUCAGAAUCACUUGGUGGGCCUCAAAACAGAUUUAAUUCCGGAUCACGUUUUUCCCCUUUAUCAAAUGGACUAGUUGAACAUUAAGUUCAAGGUUCAAUUCUGGUUUGCCCAAAUGUUCCUCAGCAAUCAAUCAAUCAAUCAAUCAAUCAAUCAAUAACUUGGGAUGCUGCAAGCUGAUGUGCUAAAGUAUAAAAUAAGAAGACCAAGAAAACUUCUUUUUCAAAAACACAGUAGGAUGUCAAUUGCUUAAUUUAUUUUCCCCAACUAAUAUGAUCUUUAAGUUUAAAGGCCCAGGAGUAAGCCUAAAGAGUAAAAAAAAAAAAUCUGUAAGAAAAUGAACUUGGAAGAGGAACUGGAAGUUGUUCAGAGUUCUACACCAUAAUGAACUUAAUUCACAUUCCGUUCACCCAGGAAUUCUGGGAACAACUUUCUGGUGCAGUUCAGAGGUUUCCUGUGAUCAUUCAGGCGUCCCUGGCAGUAAUUGCUCCAUUGCCAGGACACUCCGUCCAGCCUGCAUACUUGCAAUUGCUACUUUCCAUAUUCAUGCUUCCCAUUUUCCUGACAUCUGUCGCCAUCGUCAACACCUGUCACAACCACACCCAGAAAUUAUGUACUUUGCCCACACCCUCCCGGCCAAGUGUUUGCCUUAUUAUCUCUGUACCUGCUCAUGUGGCAACAGGGCCUUGAGGCUGGCAACAGUUAGAGACAUCUACAUCUUUCCUGCAUUGUCAGACUUCUUGGACAAAACAGACAGGCGGAUCCCCUAUCCCUGACUGACCUUAGUCAACCUUGAUGUUGUGCUGAUUGUCUUCCAUGCCCCCAACCCCGUCUUUAUCUUCCUAGAAUCCUUUCUUAGAUGCACUUAGCAGAUCAUCUGAUGAAACAAGUAUCUUUAAGAUAAGUUUGCAACAGCAGCACACUUCCUGCUCCCAUUUGAUUCUUUCUCUAGCCUCCUCAUCCGGUCGGAGGCGGGUGAUGAAGAUAAUCCCAUCCGCAAAAGACAAAACAAAGAACUUUUGCUGUAUUCUCAAUAUUGAUGUCGGAGGAUUCCAAAGGAAAUGGAAAUUGAUAGUGUCUGCUUAUUCGUUCCACAUCCUGAAUGGGAACCAAUCCAGAAAAUACUAUCCAUAUUCACUGCUGUUGUGGUUUUCAGUCUACUAAACAUUGUUGAUGUUUAGUUGUUUAGUUGUGUCCGACUCUUCGUGACCCCAUGGACCAGAGCACGCCAGGCACUCCUGUCUUCCACUGCCUCCCGCAGUUUGGUCAAACUCAUGUUUGUAGCUUCGAGAACACUGUCCAACCAUCUCGUCCUCUGUCGUCCCCUUCUCCUUGUGCCCUCAAUUUUUCCCAACAUCAGGGUCUUUUCCUGGGAGUCUUCUCUUCUCAUGAGGUGGCCAAAAUAUUGGAGCCUCAGCUUCAGGAUCUGUCCUUCCAGUGAGCACUCAGGGCUGAUUUCCUUAAGAAUGGAUAGGUUUGAUCUUCUUGCAGUCCAUGGGACUCUCAAGAGUCUCCUCCAGCACUAUGUUCUACUAAACAUAGAACCAUAGAAUUGUAGAGUUGGAAGUGAUCCUGGGGGUCCACCCCCUGCAAUGCAGGAAUCUUUUUGCCUCACUGAUACUCAAUGCACAGAAGGCAAUAGCAAUCUCCUCCUAGUUGUUUUAAAUAUAUAUUUUUAUUAAAGAUUUCUUAGUUUACAAAAAUACAUGCAUUGUCUCUUUCUUCAAGUUGGGUUUUCUACAGAUCAGUUUCAUUUGUUGUGAGACAUUAGUGUUGCAUACAUUGUUAGGUUAGGAAGAAAAGAGGGGGAGGGGAAUGGUGAAUGGGGUGGGGUCGGGUGCCAAUGCUUCUAUUCUUCUACUUUAUGUGUGGGGUUUUGUGUCAGCGUCACUUGUGUGGGUUCUCUUACUAUUGGCUUGUUGUAUUUCCUUGGUGGUGAGAGAGGUUGGGGGUGGCCUAGGGUUUGGUUGGUUGUCUUUGGUUGGCUGUAGUAAGAUUUGUUUUUGUGUGUGAGGAGUGUGUGUGUGUGCACGUGCUUUUGUAUUAGGUUAGCCAGAUUGAUUUGUAUGCUGUUGGCGGAUUCUUCUUGUUAUCUUGUUGGGCUGUGUACGUGAUAAAGGCGUCUUCUAUUUCAGUUUCAGUUUAUUGGUUAGUUUUUCUACUAAGGCUGUUUUCCAUACGAUUUGAUACCAUUGGUCCAUGCUUACUCCUGACAGGUCUCUCCAGUGUCUGGCUAUGAUGCUUCUGGCUGCUGUGAGUAGGUGGGUUAUGAGCUCUUUAUGAUGUGAGUGGGCAUUAUUAUCUUGGAAGAUGUUUAGUAGCGCCAGUUCUGGGGUGACUUCUAAUACUUGCUUAGUUAUUUUGCAUAUUUCUUGUAUGAUUGAUGUCCAAAAGAGUUGGAUUUGGGGACAUUCCCACCACAUGUGAAGGUAUGUACCUGGGGAGGUGCAUCCUCUCCAGGAAUUUGGUGAGUUUCUUACUAUUCCAUCUUCAUCUGCACCAAGGAACAGCCCAAAGAAACACCCCAAUUAAGGCUGCUUCUCCAUUCACAGAGAUUCCCUGGAACACGUCAGCUGGGAUUUCGAAGUAUCAGUCUGGCCCCUGGGUGUGUUUCUGUAACCUAUAACCCAGUCCCUCCCCUCGAUUGCAACCAUAGUUAUUAUCUGCACUCUUGUGCUAUUACUGAAAUAGUCACAGCAAUGACUAGCAACAUGUUUUCUGGUUGGCCGGAAGGGCACCACACAAGCCAUGUUAAAUGGCACAGCAUAUACUGUAUUGAAUAUUGGUCCACGAUGGGAUGGACCAGUAAAACUGUAAAUCAGUGCAGCUACUAGGGAGGAAAGACAAAUUAAAUUCAGCUUGCAUGUAAAGGCAAAGUUACCACAUGCACACUUUUCAAAAUUCUUUAUUAAACUUUAUGGAAGAUACAAAUUAAAAAUGAAACGAACAAAAUAGGUGCAGUGGGUGAGUUAUUACCACAACAGGCUUAAGACUGAUCAAUGACUAUAUAUACUGAUAAUCUCCACACUUUCUUUCUUCUUCAUAUUUUCUUUACAGAAUUUUUGUUUGCAGGGUUUUGGGGUGAAGAGAUAACUCAAAAGCUCCUCAUUUUCUUUAUCUUUUGCCCCUUGGUUGCUUUUAUUUUCUGUGUCAAUUUCUCUAAAAGAGCACAUUGUCGUACUUUUUGAUACCUCUGGUUUAUGUUCUCCAAUGACUUCCAGUUCUGAGUUGCCGCUGCUUGUGCAGCCAAUAGUUCAACAGCUCUUUAUGAUCAAGAUCUAAAUUUCUAUCCAAAAGCAUAUUUAACAGAACCAAAGUCGUUUGAACAGUAAUCUCACUGAUCUCAGCUUCCAAAACACAUUUUGAUACAAAUGCUUUGUUACUUUCUGUAACAACAUGCAAACCGAAUCACAGCCAUCCUUUGAAAUUUGCAGUUUUCUGAAUUUUGCAGUGCAGUUCUUCAGCCGAAUAGAAGGCACAAAAAUUCAUAUAUUGGGACAUUAAAAAAUAGUGAAAAUAACAUACAAAUGUGCAUUACAUUAGGGGAACUUGCUUUGCAGAGAUGUGUUUGUGGGGGAAUUUGCUCUAAAAUGAAAUCGCCAACUGAUGUGGAAAUGUGGUUAACUGAAUUUAAGAUUGGAAAAAGGAGAAAUAGAGAGAAACUGAAAUUGAUAUAUUUGUCCACCCCUAACAUAUAUAUAGGAUAUCAUUCUAGAGGAGGGCUUGAGAACCCAUGACUUCCCAAAUGUUGCUGGACUCCAACUCCCAUUAGUUUAGCCAAUGGUCAGGGAUGAUGAGAGUUGCAGUCCACCAACACCUUGAAAGCCACAGGUUCCCUACCCUGAUAUGGAUGAUAAAUCAACAAUAAAAAUAAAUUAAUAUCAUGAACAGUAAAAAUCCACAAAGCCUGGAUAAAAAUGAGUUUUCAAAAACUAUCUAAGGAUAGGGAGUGAGGGCUUGGCAAAGCGCCCCAGGGAGGGAAAUCUACAAAAGCAGUACCACCACUAAAAAGGCCCUGUCCCUAACCCUAAUCCAGAAAGCAGGGUCUCAGAUGCUGAUCAUAGCUUGGGUAUGUUCCAGGCCAGCUCACCCAUGGGGCAGAGUGAGGCAACUACCUCAGGUGGCAGGAUCCAUUGGGAACACAGAUCCUGAUGUAGAUCUUUAUUCACCCCUGGGUUCCUGAUGUAGGUCCUCACUCUCCACUUCUUCUCUGGCAGGGAGAGGCCCCCAUUUUAUGGUUUGCCUCACACACCAGCAUGUAUUGUGCUGAGUAUGUUCAUCUAAUCCAUGGUUCCCAAUGUAGGGCACAUGCCCCACAGGGGGGCAAUUUGAUUUUUAAGGGGGGCAAUUCAAGAAUGAGUUUUUAACAGUGAAUGGCCUUUUAGGCUUCCUCCACAUGAAUAGGACUUCACUUUUUGAAUAAUAAGAAUUAUAUGUCAUGGGGGGUGGGACACCAGGAUUUUAGAGAUGCUUAGGUGAGGCGUGGCCAAAAAAGGUUGAGAACCACUGAUCUAGAUAGUCACUGGAAGUGACCUCAUUUAUGAAACAAUUGGUAUUCAUGAUUUGCACAACGGUCAUAAUAACUUUCAUAAAAGACAAUUUUCUAAUUAAUGGUAAGUCAUCAAGAGGGGUUAGAUUGAUGUACCAGGAACAGGGAUGAGAUAGACUUGUAAUCUUCAACCUUUCCUGACCUGGGAACUACCUUGAACUCAAACAUGCAUUGGCUCAUUUCUUGAUUUUUUUAAAAACCGUAUAUUCGUCUGGUAGUUGUGCAUUGUAGCAACCACCUUAGAACAAGUCAUGACCCAUUAGUGGGUCCUAACCCACCAUCUAAAGACCAGUGUGCUCAACCACACACUUGCUGUCACAGAACUGUUGAUUCCUCAUUAUUAGAGACUACUGCCUCCCUUACCACAUUGCAUAAGAGAGGGUUCUGCCUCUUCACACAUACAAACAUAUGCUGGCUGCACUAUAACUGUCUCAAGGUGGUUAUCACAGGGAUUGUUCCUACAUGAGCAAUACGUUUUGAUUAUCAAUCCUGGCUUGGCUGUCCUAACCACAUUUCUCUAAGGUAUUUUGAAUGACGCUGCUCACCAAAGACAGCCACCAGCUUUUUCUUCUCCAUCUCUCAUCCUGGCAUGGAUGUGUCAGCAGCUCCUGAUUUUGCCCAGGGUUGUUGACUCAGCUCAUCACAACUUCCAUUUCACCACUCAGCUGCUUCAAUUUGAAGGGCUUCUCGUUAGACACUUACGAAAGAAGACCUCUGGACCAUCCAAUGAAACUGGCUGGCAAAAGACUCAGGAUAGACGGAACUUCACACAAUGUAUCAUUAUUUUAUGGGUUCAAUGUUAUGGAAUUUGCUUCUGCAAGAUGUGUUGAUAGCAUUCAAAGCGGAUUAGGCAAAACAAUAGCUUUCAAAGCGGAUUAGGCAAAACCACAGAGGGUGAGUCUUAUGAAUUGCAACAAGUUAUGGUGGCAAUACGCAAUAUACCUCUGAAUGGGAACUGAAUCACAGUUCUCUCCCUUCCUUAGCCAGCAUGGCUAGUGCUCACAGGUGAUAAGCAAAACUGCGCAGGUCCCACCAUGCCUGCUGUGAACAGAAGCUUGACAUGCAGAAAUCAUCUUGUAAGUCUUAACCUGAAGGCAUGAUGCUCCAAUAGAUGGUCACCUGCUAAUCACUGUUCAUCCAACUGCACUAAGAGUCUAGCUGGAACAUUGAUAAAAGCCCAGGUCUCUUCUGAAGCAUUGCUCUGUGCAGAAAAUGAAAAACAGACAUGCGUAAUAGAAACUUCUAACAAGGGUGGAUUGUAUACCUGAUAUCGAUGGGCAUGCAAGAGAUCUAGAUUUUCCUUUGGAGGUGAAGGAGAGCCUGCCUUUCAGGUUUCUCGAGUGCCAAUCUUUUCAGGAGCGCAAAGGAUGGUUUUCAUAUUUCCCUUUCCUCCGCCACCCAUCCCUGGAAAAAGGUACAGUGGAGGUGCCACUGUUCUCUUGGGUAUGCAUUGCAUAUAGUGCCAUAAAUAUCCUGGGAUGAGCCCUGCCUGCAAAUGCCCCUUGGCAAGGCUGCAAGAGCAAUCAUAUGAAGAGGUGGAGGGUGGACCCAUCAGCAGCCUGGCCCGUUCAGCUCUUAACGUAGGUUUUCUUGCUGAAAUUCAGAGAUCAGAAGAUAGACAGCCGCGGCUUUGAGUCACAGCGAGAGCCGUCAAAGCUGUGAUGCACCAGGAAGGGAAUCCAUCAAGGCCGCCCUGCUGCCCUGGCAUUUAAAUGCUAACUUCUCCACUAGUUAUUCACCUGCUCUCCUACCAGACAUCACUGUUGAAGCUCCUUCCACCCAGAGCUUCUCCGUCAGGAACGGCAGGUAAGCCUACAUAUAGAUUCGCUCUUAGGAUUAUGUUUAGAAUGUUAUCCAGGAGGUAAAGAAACUGUGCUUAUUAAUCAGCAGGCAAUUCUUGUUUCAGCUAUUUCCGGUUAUCUGUGUGUGUCGUCGGGAGUGCUAUUUAAAACAUGAAACGGCAUAUUGCUGGCUGCCGUUGGGGACCUAUUCGAUGGAGAGCCUCAAAUAAAUAAUUAAAACACCCAUCCGUCAUCACGGCUGUCAAGGAGCUAAGCUGCAAAGGCAUCCAUCACGCCAUCCAUGCCUAUGUUUUCCUUCUCUUGCAGCCUUGGCAGUCAAACAAUAGGAGAGAUUGGGAGUGAUUCUUGGCUACUGUUUCUCAGGAUGUUGGAAGGCAAUUUUGCAAGGGGAAAUCCCUGUGUGUUUCGUUGCUUUAAAAAAUAAAUAAAUCUGGUAGUUAUUUAUUUAUUUUAUAUACUGCUUAACGCCACAGCUGGCUUCUAAGUGGAUUAUACAGUUGGAUGAUAGAAAUGCAACAUGAAGCUACAGGGGGUUGAUCUUACAGGUGGGUUGAUCUUAACGAAGGGUAGUUGGAUUCAAAGAGUUGAAGCGACAUUGUGUGUGAGUCUGGUGAAUGUUUCCAAUUUGAAGUUCAGAGUUCAGAGUUGAAAUGAACAUGAUACUUGAGAAUACUACCCAAACACCAUUGUUUUCAGAGUUCCUUUCUGAAGGAUGACUCAGAUGACUACAGCAUCCCAAUGAGAUUUCAGAAUGCAUGAAUUUCUUAAGAGUAUCAGAAUACUGGGAAUUUUGGUGAAGUUUGGUUGUUUUGUUCACUGCUACUCUUGUUGUUGUUGGGGCUCAAGUCUUGGCACAAAAAUAUGUGUAGUCUCUCCCUGUGUGUGUGUUCAUUCUACUCCAAAAUAAGAACAUGGAUUUAGACAUGCUAUCCCUUAGAAUAGGCCCUAAUGAACUGAAUGGAACCUACUUCUGAGUAGGCACCUGCUGGAUUGUUCUGUUGGAAUGUGUAACCCAAAAUGUGAAAUUCUGGAAUCCAAAUAUAUGCAUUUAUGCCCAUCUUGCCUGUGAAUUUUCAAACACAUGAUUUGGAGACUUGCAUCACAAAAUUCAGAUGAGUCUGAACUUUCACAGUUGGCUGCAGUGACUUCCAGACCUUAUAUUUGAAACACAUUUAUACCACUUUAACCAUCAUGGCUUCCCCCAAAGAAUCAUUGGAACUAUAGUUUACCCCUCACAGAGCUACAGUUUCAAGAACCCUUAACAAACCACGAUUCCAUUGGAUUCUUUGGGGAGGAAGCCAUGAAUGUUAAAGUGGUGUGACAAGGUUUCAAAUAUGUCAUGUGUAUGGCUGAUCUGUGAUCGUAAUCAUUGAUUGAAACUUUUGGCUGGCCUGAUGAAUGCCAAGCUGUGUGGCUACCACAAAUGGCAGCCUAUCUAUCUAUCUAUCUAUCUAUCUAUCUAUCUAUCUAUCUAUCUAUCUAUCAUCUAUAUCUAUCUAUCUAUCUAUCUAUCUAUCUAUCUAUCUAUCUAUUAGUAAAAGCAACCUUGGCCACUAUUGCAGAAGGCAAAGGGUAAAAGACACAGUCACUUUGAAAGAUUUUCUCUCUCCCCACCCCUUUCUCUCCUGCCAAGUGGCUUUUAAAAUAAUACCAUAUUCCCACAGUAGUGUUUACUACAGGCUUUCCCUUCAGUUCACUAGAAUUACAUUUCUGCUCACCAUUGCCAGUUGUAUUGAUGGACACCUGGAUAAGAAGUUGUCUAAUUCUUGGAAUUAUGCUUCAGAACUAUACCGUGGGCCUUUGUUAGAAUUUAGCUUGCUUUUAGUACAAGUGAAUUUCUGUUAGAUACAGAGAGCACCUAUAAAUACGCAGGAGUUAUAUAAGCAGGGGUGUAUGAAGGGUUAGGGGAGAGGUAGUUCCUCUGGUGGGGGACAUGUCGUGCUCCUUCUACAGUAGCUUGUCCACCUUAGGUCCCCACUCUGUGCUUAGCUUUCACUUGUGGCUUCUAGAAGCUGUCCGGAUGCAACAGCGACCACACGCUGGGAAUGGCUUCAACUGACCGACUAAAUCACGUGAGGGUAGUCGAAGCCUCGGUGAGUUAGGGAUUUCCCUAACUUUUUCAGAUCUGAGACCCACCUUUAGUCCAAACAUGCAUUGGGGGAUCCCCAUCUCCAUAAUUCCCCCUUGUAUUUGUAUGGUGGUAGUACUGCUGUUGUGUCUCAGAUUGCCUUAGAUUAAGCUGCAACCCAACAGUAGGUCCCAACCUACCAGAUGAACACCAAUGAGAGGGUCACAGGGUCCCCAGGCUUGCCCCAAUCCAGGGCUUUUAACACAGAGAUGGACAACAACAUCUGGUCCUCCAGAUGUUGCUGGACUCCAGCUGCAAGAUCACACUCAAUAUAUAAUUAAACAUCAAUAAAAUAACAAUAAGAUCAAAGAGCUUCUAAAUACACUAAUCAGGUAAGAUUAAAGGACAGGAGGGAAUUCACUUCAACAGCAUAAUGUAAAUAAACAUGCAGCCUCUUCACCAUGUGACUGCUUCAAGGUAAAUCUAGAGUGCUCUGUCUCUCAUAAAAUUACUCCCCCAAUUACCAGGGAUGUUGAAUGAAAAAUACUCUCUGAUUACAACCUGAUUGCAAUGAUACUCCGCUGGAAUUUGCAUCUGCCUGUAGACAGAAUGUGUCUGCUGUCUAUCCUACUGCCAUCUCAUCAGGGAUGAUGAGAGGUGUAGUCCAAUGACACCUGGAGGGCCCCAAGUUGCCCAAUCUUUCUCUCAUCACUUCACACUGCCCCUCUUUUUUCUCACUUGGAUUCCUGGGGUUGCAUCUAGUGUUGACCGUCAUCAGAGUACACCCAUUGAAAUUAAUUGACAUGGUUAACUUGGGUCCACUAAUUUCAAUGUCUCUGCCCUGGGGUUGCAUCCAACUAAGUUCCACCUAGAGUAGACCCAAUGACAUCAAUUGACCUAAGUUAGUCAUGUCCAUUAAUUUCAAUAGGUCUGGUCUGAGUGGAACUAGCAUUGGUUUGUAAUAAUGCACCACCCUAAGAGACAACACGUCCGAUUUUCAAAAUGCUUUAAAAGCUUUGUCUUGCGUUUGCUAUUCAUAUCAUAACUUUUCAUUCUGCUCUUCAGUCCCCAAAGCAGCUAACAACCAGUUAAACCAACAUAGUAAUUCUUCUAUUCUGUUAUUAUCAUUGCUUUCCUCCUUCACUUAUUUUAUUAGUGUUGUUGUUAGGCUGAUAGGAAAGAAAUCUCAUCCUCUUUUCCAUUCAGCCCUGACCCUGUGGGGGGGUCACACGUGUCCUCAACCAAACAGGAAGCAUUUACCUUGAUGUUUGCUUCAGCAUAAGCGCUAACAAUAAUGUAUCAUGAAUAAUAACUACUGGUGAGUUGUUUACAUAAACAAUUACUGAUGAUAAUGUUCUUCAUUAUCGUCAUUUGGGUGUGUGCUGUGGUACCGGUAUCAGUGACUCAAUCUGACAUCCAUCCAUCACAACUGUUCACCGUAAAUGUUUUACCCUGCAGCAAGUUCCUUGGGAAGACUGGUCCCUUGAUCUGCCAGUGCAAGGAUGAAGCUGUUGGCGUUUGGGCUGCUCCUGAUGAGCUCUGGAGGUAAGGAAAUAAGCAAAGUGACAUGGGGGCAGCAACGGCUCCAUGCUCACUGUUUUCUUUCCCCCCCUUUUUUUCCUUGUUGUGCCUAUAGUGUUGGGAGCAAUGGGAAUAGUUGCUAGGAAUCGCAAAUGGGGAGAGUAGUGGUCUUCUGCUCAGAUCCUUCUUUCAGGUUUCCCAUAGACCUCUGGUUGGCCACUGUGAGAACAGGAUGCUGGAAUAGAAGCUCUCUUUGUUAUGUUCCUAAGUUGUUGUUAUUUGUUGAUUUUGGAAAUGUGUAUCCCUCCAGUGUCAGGGAGCCAACAGGCAGAGCAGGUCAUUCACAGGAGAGAGAGAGAGAGAGAGAGAGAGAGAGAGAGAGAGAGAGAAGAGAGGAUAGGAUAAGAUAAGAUAAGAUAAGAUAAGAUAAGAUAAACUUUAUUCACAUUAGCCAACGGCCAUGGAGAGAGAGAGAGAGAGAGAGAGAGAGAGAGAGAGAGAAGAGAAGAGAAGAGAAGAGAAGAUAGAUAAGAUAAGAUAAGAUAAGAUAAGAUAAACUUUAUUCGCAUUAGCCAACGGCCAUGGAGAGAGAGAGAGAGAGAGAGAGAGAGAGAGAGAGAGAUAUGCUUGGCUGACUUGCAAAACAAAGAACAAACAGAGACUUCUAAAAGGUAAAGCUGCCUAAUGAAGCAGUUGUUCGAAACUGGUGUGUAGCCCCUUCUUCACUCUCUAGCCCUCUGCAUCAGGCUGCUCCCUCUGUGAUCUUUUGCUCCAGUGAGCUCCAGGGGACUUCCUCUGUGUCUGCCUGACUCACUGCUCGGCAACAAGCAACAAACACCUCAUUCUAGGAAUGGCGGAGCAGCAAGCUGUCUGCAGAGAAGCUGUCAGAGUGGCCCUGAGGUAGAACUGCUGGGUCUACCUCCCCUCUGUCAUCACUGCCGGUGCCUGCAUCCAAACUGGAAGCCUCCUUGCUGUGUCCUAUGCUGGGGCAGUUUCUGCCAGUUUCUGACUCUUCGCUUCCCCUCAAGUGCCCUGCUUCGAGCACUUCCCAGCUCAUCCCCUCCUCUGAGGUGUGGCCAGUGUCCCACCACCAGCCCCCAGGCUCCUCUUCCUCUGUGCCUUCCCUGGGGUGGCAGCUCUUGGUUGGGUGGUUUCCACCACUCUUCCUCAGCCUGCCAGCCCUGACAUUCAUGGCUGUUUGAGUGGUCGCAGAGUGCACCCCCAUAAUUCUCUGCCCCAUAUUCAGUUUCUUAGAAGGGGAGCUGUGAAAUUUCUUGAGGGUUUGAGGGGCUUACCUGUGGUAAUUUGAGCCUUAUCUGUUUUCCUCCACCACUGGGUGCUGAAAUUUACUUACUUACUUACUUACUUACUUACUAACUCACUCACUCACUCACCCUCAGUAAAGACUGCCCUUUCCCCACCCAGGAUAAUGUUACUACAUUCACAGCAUCUUGGGGGGGGAAUAAGAUGGCAGCCAGGAGUGACCUUAAGGGCCUCUCUUAACCCAGUGCUGAAGUAAGAUUCCAUUGCCAGUCCUGUCAGUUGAAGGAGGUAAGAUGAGGAGGAAGGGUGCCAUCUUAUCUUUUGCCUCAGGCAGCAUAAUGUAUUGGGAGGCGCUGAGUGGUUUUCCUUCUGGUUGGAGCCACCUGCAGAGGCUCCCCCCCACCUCCAAACGAUGUUAUAUAUCAACUCUGUUCUGACUGAACCAGAAGAGGUCUUUGAUGUUCUAGGCCUGUGCUGGAGGCGGUGAUGGGCUGCAUGUGGACCAAUAAGCUGAAGGUGAAUCCCAAAAAGAUGGAGGUGAUAUGUGUCUCAAGUCUUCACAUACAGGAGGUGACCUGCCCUGAAUGGGGUGGCACUUCCCUGGAAAGAGCAGGUUCACAGUUUGCGGGUACCCCUGGCUUCAAAACUGUUGUCUGUAGGCUCAGGUGGCCUUAGUGGUAGCAGUACCUUCCCCCCAGCUCUAGUUGAUUUGCUGGCUACAUUCUUUGAUGAGCAAGAGAUGACAUGUUCGCUGUCCUCCAUGCUCUGGUAACUUCCAUACUGGCGUAUAGCAAUACACUGUUACUUGGAGCUGUCCUUGAAGAUGACUUGGAAACUUCAAUUGGUCCAAAAUGCAGCAGCCAGAUUACUGACUGUGGUUCUGUUUAGAUCUCAAAUAACUGUCCCAUUUUGCCACCUGAGGUGAGAUGGGAAGAGCUGCCUCCUGCCCUGCCCCCCUGCCACGCUCCAACCCCUCACCUCCACUGAUAUCAGAACACCCCACCUCACCAAACUCAGCAAGGGGAGGGAUGUUCUGCAAGGUGCUCUCACUUGCCUUCUCUAGCCCAGAGGCAGGAAGAUCACUGGCAAUGCAGGACUCCAGAAUGCCUGUUCUGAGCACACCAGCCCCCCUAAUGAGGACGCACAAUUGAAAGUUUAGUUCAGGGGUCGGUAAGGUUUAUUUUGCCUGGGCUGGUUCACUGCAGCGGAAAUCCCUCUGUGGGCCAGAUCGCAGCUGCGAUUUCCAGCAUCUGCAUCUGCGCAGAUGCAGUUUUUGGCACCAUGGAAGUGAGUCCCCGUUCCGCUCUGCGCCGGUUUAGCACAGCGCACAGGGACUCACCGAGCGAGCGGCUCAGUUUGGGGGUGGCUCGUGGACUGGUUAAACGACCCCCGUGGGCCACUUGUGGCCCAUGGGCCUUAGGUUGCCGACCCCUGGUUUAGUUCUUUAUUGGCAAAGCACUUGGUUACAUCAGCUUCUAGGACGAAAUAAUCACAUGCACUGCUUCUGCUAAAUAGCUAGCUGGGCGUCUGUGUCUUCAGACCUGUGCUCCAACCCAGACAGUUGGAGCAGCAGUGUGACCUCAUCUCCACCAGCACAUUAAACGCCUUCUUCUGACAUGGCGCAUGCAAGCAGCCAGCCGCUUCUCCUGCAUGACAGCUUCAGCAGAUUCUAAUGGCUAAGCACUCCCACCUCUGUGCCUUCUUGCAACUCUAUCGCCUGCCUCACCUCUCUUCCCAUCUCUGGCUACCUGGCCUCUUCCUUUCCCCCCUGCUUCACAGGUGGCACAGAACCCCACAAAUCACUGGCCCCUUCCCCUAGAUUACCUCAUGCCUGCCCCCUCCUCUGCCCCCCCUUCGGGCUCCUGCCUGUCCUUCACAACGCCCCUUCUCUUGCCAAACUUUCCCAGAGAAGGGGCGUUCUGCAAACUGUUUCUGCUCACCUUCUCCACCCCAGGGCUGGGAGGAUGAGUGGCAACAGGGUGUGCUGGAAUGCCUCUCCUCUCACGAGAGAGUUGGCAUUCUGCUAGUGGUGGAAGCAAUGGGGUGGGCAGGACAGCACCUUUUGUGCUUCCACCAUGUGAGGCUGGUGCUUCCCCCUGCCUCAUCUUUAGGCCAGGUCUGACCUCUGUUUUAAAACAGCUUCACUGGUUUCUGAGCCCACUGCAGAGUGCUCAUUUUAUGUUUAAAGCCUUAAAUGAUUCAGCCCCGCCAAAUAUCUGGAAGACCGCCUUCUUCCAUACAGACCCUCUCAGGUGCUUAGAUUGGCAAGGUGGGGACCUCUUGGAAGUUCCUUUGGCCCCCAAGACACACAAGGUGGUGGUGGCCCAGCAGAGGGCGUUCUCUGUGACAGCCCCUAAGUCGUGUAACUCCUUCUCUAAAGCUUCUAGCAAAUACUGUAGAUGAAUCUCUCCAUCCUGGUAUUUGACACUCUAAGUCAGGCAUAGGCAAACUCAGCCCCUCAGAUGUUUUGGGACUACAACUCCCAUCAUCCCUGACCACUGGUUCUGUUAGCUAGGGAUGAUGGGAGUUGUAGUCCCAGAACAUCUGGAGGGCCGAGUUUGCCUAUGCCUGCUCUAGGUGAAUAUUUUUAGGACACCUCCCCCCCCUUUCUGUGAUUGUAAGUUGUUUUAAACUGUUUUUAAUAUUGUGUUUUAAUGUUGUAACCUACCCUGGACCUUAGGGUGAAAGGUGGUUAAUAAUAAUAACAACAAUAACAAUAAUAAUAAUAAUAAUUAGUAUUAGUAUUAGUAUUGGGCAAAUAAAAUGGCAGCUGGCAGAAACCUUAAGAGCCUCUUUCUACCUCAGUGAUGAAGUAAUAUUCAUGAAAGUGGAGGGUCAUCCGCCUUUGCCUCAGGUAAAAAUAAUAUGUACAGUAUUUGGUAUCUGGGAGGUUGUUUCCUCUCUGGUUGAAACUUCCCACAUUCCAACCAGUGUGAUUUUUAUUUUUAAAAAAAGUUUUAACCAUUUAUGUGGAUUUUAAAUGGAGAGACUUACAGGUAAUCAAAGAGCACUGGGCAAACUGGGUUCUGAGGCAGCAAUGUGCUGGCACGCUCUCUCAAUUUCUCACCUGGAAGAAAUAAGGACCUACCAGACAGGUUGAUGGAACGAUAAACAAGGUUGUUAACAUGCUGCCUACCAGACAGCAAUUAUAAAGAUACCUAACGUCAAACAGCAGUAGACAUCUUGUCCCAACAUCCCUACUUAACCAAUGGACAGUCCUGAUCCUGGAACGCUUCCAUAUUACGUACCUGCUUUACUGGGCGUUUGUUCUGUAGGGCUGCAGCUCAGUGGCAGAGCUUCUGUUUUGCAUGGGGAAGAUCCUGGGUUCAACUCCCAGCACCUCCAGAUGGGAGAGGCUCUUUCCUGAAACCCUGGAGAGCCACUGCCUGCCAGUGUAGACAAUACUGAGCUAGAUGGGUCAAUGGUCUGUCUCGCUAUAAGGCAACUUCCUGUGUUCCUGUGCUGUGUUCUGUCCCCACUGUUGGAGCCAAUAUGCCUCUGAAUGUCAGUUGCUGGGAAUCACAAACAGGGAGAAGGCUGUUCUUCUGCUUGCCGACAUCUGGUUGGCCAAUGUGACAACAGGAUGUUAGGCUAGACAGGCCACUGGCUUGAUCCAGCAGGCUCUUCUUAUGUUUUUGCGUUCAUUGCGCAAACCCAAAUUUGCCGGUAAACCAUGAGCUGUUGGUUUGACUGCAGUAAUGUCCCACAAGAAUUGUUUGCUCCUGUUGUAAGAAUUAUAUGCUCCAUGUGUAUUAUUUCCUCCAUACUUGGAUCCCACGGCCCUGUAUAGGAAGAAGCUAUGAUACUGUAAUGUAGGGGUAGCCAACACGAAGCCCUCCAGGUAUUAUAGGACUCCCAUAAGUCACAGCUGGCAAGGCUGAUGUCUAUGGCUGAUGGGCGCUGUAGUCCAAGCUCAUGUGGAGGGCACCAUAUUGGCUGUCCCUGUUAUAAGAUAGAGAACUGUUGUUGUUUAGUCGUUUAGCUGUAUCCGACUCUUCGUGACCCCAUGGACCAGAGCACACCAGGCACUCCUGUCUUCCACUGCCUCCCGCAGUUUGGUCAGACUCAUGUUAGUAGCUACCAGGUUGCAACUGAAGAGCCUGCCUUUAUCUUUAGAGGUACUACUGAAGCAGGGAAGGUUGCCAAGUCCCAUCACUCAGCCUCCCUUCUCAUCUGCUAUAGGUCAGAAUUUGCACACAUACACAUAUGGGGCAUCUGAAAUUUCUGAAGAGAGAUAAUGGAGGGGCCAAAACUCAGUGGUAGUAGAGCAUGCAGAGCACACACUUGCAUGCAGAAUGUCCUGGCUUUGAUCCCUGGCAUCUCUUACUAAAAGGCAGAUGUCAUGUGAUAUGAUAGAACUCUGCCUGAGACCCGAGAGAUCCGCUGCCCGUCCGAGUAGGCAAUGCUGUGCUUAGAUGGACAAAUAGUCUGCCCUGGUACAUGGCAUUUUUUCUAUGUGCCUAGCCUUCACAAGACUCUGAAGAGCAUUGGUGCCACUGGCGAACCAUGUUGACAAGUGAAUUGUGAAGCACAGGUUGGGAAAACAACUUUUUGUGUGGGUCCUGAAUGGUCAUUGAAUGAGGAAGGACCACAGGUCAGUGAUGGAGCAUCUUCUUUGUAUGUAAAAAGUUCCAAGUUCAAACCCCAGCAUCUCCAGGUAGGGCUGGGAAUGUUCCCCACCUGAAAUCCUAGAGAGAUGCUGCCGAUCUGUGUAGACAAUAAUGAGCUAGAUGGACCAAUGGUCUUACUUGCUUUGAGGCAGCUUCUUCUGUUCCUUCUUUUAGCAGAAAUCCUGUGGUCCACCAAUCUGUGUUAAGGCAAGAUUACAUACUCAGGAUCUCUCAUUAUUUCACAAUUUUUAAAAUCUUGCCCACAUUAAGCUUACAUGAAAUCGAGUUCCUGAAACAAACCAUUGGUAUAAAAAACAUGACGGAAAUAACCACAAAGUUUUUGUUUUGUUUUGUUGCAGCUUUUGCCCAGCCAGGCACAGCUGAUCGAAUAAUUGGAGGGUACGUUUGUCCACAACAGUCCAGACCUUACCAGGCGGCCAUUGUAACUGGACGCAGAGGCAACUGGAACAUUUAUUGUGGAGGAAGCUUAGUGCAUCCAUGUUGGGUGCUCUCAGCAGCCCAUUGCAGACCCAGACCCGGGUAAGUGAAGGCUGUAGCAAGAUGCAGCGACACGGAGGGGGAAAGAAUGCUUCCUCUGGGACAAGCAACAGCCUUACUUUAACAGCCUGGCAAUCUGACAAAGAGGCAUAAACUGGAUUGAUCUCUGAUCAGCAUUCACACAGCUCAUCCACAAUCUAUUCUUUUGUUCAGUUUUGCAUUUGCCUUGUGCCCCCAUACAGAAUGAAGGUGUGCUUAGGAAAGCACAACUUGAAGAGGGUUGAACAGGGAGAACAGUGCUUGGAUAUCGCUGAAGUUAAAGUGUACCCAGGGUACAACCGGAGACAAAAUGACAAGGAUUUCAUGCUUCUCCGACUUCGCCCCUGUGCCAGACUUUCCGAAACUGUAAGGACUAUCAACCUACCUACAAGCAGCCCUACUGACGGGAGUAUAUGCAGUGUCUCGGGCUGGGGUACCAUCAGAUCUCCUCAAGGUAAGCUUGCAAACUUUAGAAGGUGGGAGGGGAUACUAACAUAUCUAAAGAACUUCUUGUUGUUGGUAUUAAAGUUUUCAGCAAUGUGUUCUUCAAAGUCUUUUUUUAGCAUCUCUUUCUGUCUGCUUGGACUUUUUUUUGUUUUGUUUCACCACUACCACUGACCUUUUGGUGCUCUACAUAUCUCUUCCAGCUCAGCUUCCAGCUCAGCUGCAGUGUGCAGAUGUCAACGUUGUCCCAACAUCACAGUGUAAUAUGGCGUAUCGUGGUGCUAUUACACCGUUCAUGAUGUGUGCUGGAGUACAGGAAGGAGGCACAGACUCUUGCCAGGUGAGAGGAGGGCUGAUGUGAAGAUGGACUACACCUUUUGAGAGGUUGAAAAAGGGUUAGGGUCAUAAGCAUGGACAGAUCAAUCUGUUUUUGGUCCCUGUCAGAUUCACACAUUUUCAUUUACUAGCCUGUUCCCUCCCAUUUCUGCAUCACUCUGCAUUUAUUUAUUUUUAAUGUAUGGAAUUUAUUAUUAUUACAGUCGUACCUUGGAAGUUGAAUGGAAUCCAUUCCGGAAGUCCAUUUGACUUCCAAAAUAUUCAAAAACCAAAGCGCGGCUUCUGAUUCGCUGCAGGAAGCUCCUGCAGCGAAUCAGAAGCCGUGAAAGCCCUGCUCUGGACGUUCAGCUUCCAAAAAUAUUUCACAAACCGGAACAGUCACUUCCAGGUUUGCAACGUUCGACUCACAAGGCGUUCAAAAACCAAGGUACGAUUGUGUUGUUGCUGUUGUUGCUGUUGUUGUUAUCGUUAUCGUUAUCAUUUAUUGAAUUUAUAUACCACCCUAUACCCAGAGGUCUCAGGGCAGCUCAUAGAACAAAAUCAUAAUAUAAAACCACAAAAUAUAUCAUCAAAUAAAAACAACAACCCAAUAACACCCCCCCCCCAGUUAGAUAGCAAAUCUGUGUUUAGGUCUCUAAGGCAGAGAUCAGCAACUGAUGGGCACCAGAGGUGCACCCACUCCACCAAAUCCCUCUUCAAUCCCACCUUGCCAUGCAACUUACUUGUAGGUUUUCCAAAAGAAAAGGGUCAAUGGGGAAAGCUUUUUAGAAAGAAAAGGCCUUGGCGGGUGGGUGUUACCUACAGGACAGUAUGUUGCUGACCUCUUCUCUAGGGUCAACCUCUUCUCUAGGGUCAAAACAAACUAAAGGGCCAGUAUAGGCAGCUUAUUUCUUUUGGAAGAUUUUGUGCACAUUUUAUCCUAAAAUAUGCAUUUUUAGUGCACAUUUUGGUACAGUGAUACCUCAGGUUACAGGCACCUCGGGUUACAUACACCUCGGGUUACAGACACUUCGGGUUACAAACUCCGCUAACCCGGAAGUAGUACCUCGGGUCAAGAACUUUGCCCCAGGAUGAGAACAGAAAUCACGCUGUGGCGGUGCGGCGGCAACAGGAGGCCCCAUUAGCUAAAGUGGCACCUCAGGUUAAGAAUGGUUUCAGGUUAAGAACGGACCUCUGGAACGAAUUAAGUUCCUAACCAGAGGCACCACUGUACAUUUUUGCACGGAGAACCAUAUUCAAAAUUCAGAUGAGGACAACUUCUUCUAGUACUAUUUUUCUUCUAGUACUUCCCCAAAGCAGGAGGCCACUGCUAGCAGCCAAGAAGGAGAGGGGCAAGAUGGCAGGGAGGUCAGUGAGGUGUACUGCGUUGUCUCCGCUGUCGCACCUGCACUGCACCUGCACUGCACUAUCCUUCUUACCCUCUCCCUCUUGGUUAUAGGCCUUGGCGCUGGGAAGCCAGGGAAGCAGCCCCAUCAACCACUCUGACCAGAUUGAAUGUGAAACCUCAAGCACACAAAACUACACUCUGCCACUGAGCAAUUGCUCUCCCCUGGUGAACAUAACAGACCCAAGUAUGCUUGCUAUGUUAUGCAAAACAAAGCAGGCCAUUUAACUGAGUUUAAGUAGCACCAUGUAGAGGAAGACACAGAAUGGAGACGUGCACCUGCUGAAAACUUCUUCCAUUUCUCCAUGCAGGGUGACUCUGGGGGCCCACUCACCUGCGGGGGGCAACUCGAAGGUGUGGUUUCUUGGGGAACACAAGUCUGCGCACAGAGAGGGAACCCGGGUGUGUAUGCAAAAGUGUGCUGUGUCGUGCCAUGGAUCCGGGAGACGAUCAAUCAGAAUUCGUGA